CUCCAGUCUAAUCCAUCCCCAUGUCAGAUAAACAAUCAACGUCUAGUUAACCUUUUAGUUUUUAGUUUUCUUAGAUUUAAGGUUGUUUUCUCGCCGUUUGUAAAUAUUUUUUCAAAGGGCCGCCAAAAAACGUCAGCAUGCUGAAGGACAGUUGACUCAAAUUGGGCUCGGAAAGGUCCGUUCCUUUGAUUUUAAAUUUUAUAAUACAACGAUGUGUCUUAAUCUUCGAUAAAUCAUUACUUGAGAUUUUUCCGGCAUGAGCAUUUAAUGAUUCGAAGGAAAGUUCAGAGAACUAACAUGGAUUUUUUAUAUUAUUUUUGGACUUUUAUUUUGAUUGUUCCUACUUUGAUAAUAAGCCAGGAUGAUUUUGGAUUUGAAGAAAUAAAGCAUAACCCUCUGCAAAGGCUGUGGGGAGUUCCGGACACGACGGCACAAGUUGGACAUUUAUUUCAUUACCAGAUACCAAAGACUGCAUUUGAGGGGAAUAUUGCACGAUUUAAGGCAUAUAGUGAAAAGGAGGGAUCUCUGCCUUCUUGGCUAACAUUUCAUGAAAAAUCAGGCAUUUUGGAGGGAGUUGCAACGGAUGAACAGUUAGGAGAGCAUUAUAUCACUGUUAAGGCCUACGACGAAGAUUUUCACAGUAAUGUAAAAGAUAUUUUUGCCGUUGAAGUUCUUUCAAAGUCUAAUUCUAUGCUUUAUAACAAGGAAUACUGUAAACACCUGGAAGAAAAAACAGUCCUUGCUUUAGUUUUAGAUGCCAACUUUCAUCACAUAAAUCCUAAAGAAAGAGUACUCAUUAUAAAGAACAUUGCAGGAUUUUUUAAUCUAGAAGUUGGUUCUAUUUAUUUGGGACAUUUGAGUGCAAAAAAUGAAAUAUUAAAUGAUCUGAACGAUGCAGUGAUAGAUGCUGGACCUGGAAAUGUGAUAACCAGAAAAUCACAGAGCUCAUCGAUCAUUCAGUGGCAGGUUGGGUGCAAUGGAAAGAUUUGGAAUAAGCUUAAGCAUUUAGUUGCAAAUGUAAAAGUGGCAGCUAAAGAUGGUACUCUUGCGGAAGUUAUUCAGCGUCCAGUGAUUGGCUGGAAACUUGUCAAAGAAGAGAGCGAUUUUAGAAAACGAAGACAGAUAAACGGAAAGCCCCAUUCUCACGAUGAAAACAACACUCCUAAAAUGAUCACUUUAAACGAGACACCAGCUUUUCAAGUCGAUCCAACACCAACAUUAACACCAUACUCUUCGAACGAUUUUACGGACGACAACAUUGAAGAUAUUCCAUCAAGAAUAAUUGUCGCUAUAACAGAAACUCCAAUAUUUCCAUUUAACCCUUCCCCAUUAUACGAACCGUCAUCUUCUUCAUCACACCGUCAUAGGCAUCAUAGGAGUGCAUUAGAAAGUUUAACUAAUAUGUAUACCCUGUCCACCCCGACUUAUAUUCCUGAGAGGCCUGGUUUAACAAGUGUACAAGUUGAUCAAAUAGUGAGCAGUGAAAUUCUUCCGACAGCAUCUUCUUCGGUCGUUACACCCACUUCACCUCCUUUUCCUACUGAUUCAGCCGUGGGCAGAGAGCAAGAUAUAAAUUCAACAUCGGACUCCCUCGAUGAAAAUUCAUCUUGGUCCAUAUCAAUUGCACCCAGUGAACCGACGUUACCUGACUUUAAUCCAGAAAAGAACAUAGAAGAAACUAGGGAAGAUGAAUUUUUCGAUGUAAAAAACAAUCCUCCGUCGAUAAUCCAAAGGCUAGAAAAGAAACUUAUCACUGCCGGAAAAUCACUUAAGUAUCAAAUCCCUGAAAGCGUUUUUAACGACCCAGAAGAUGGUAAUACAAGGAAUCUCCGGGUGCAUUUACUUGCAGAAGACGGAGAGCCUUUACGGGAAGACAGUUGGAUACAAUUUUCAGAAGAUACCCAAGAAAUUAUUGCCCUGCCUCUAGAAGAGCAUAUUUCCAAGUGGGUCUUCUAUCUGAAUGCCACAGAUUCUGGAAAUUUAACCGUAGGAGAUAGGAUCGAAGUAAACGUACAAAACCACAAAGGGAAGAGGACUGUAAAUCAUGCCAUUAGCGCAAAACUUUUAUCCGUACCAACACAAAUUAGUUUAUUAUGGCAGCUUAGUUUUCUCGAUGCUAUAAGUAAAGCACUGUCUGAUCCAAAUAGCAGUCAGAUUACAGUACUGAAAAUAACGACCGAUCCCAUUGUUUUUACAUGGACAAAUGACUCUCUUGUCAGGCCUGAUUGUUCUUCAACUACAAUAGAUCAGAUAUACGAAAAAUUGUUGGAUGAGAAUACCGGGUUACAAAGUAUACUUGCGAAUGAAAUAAAAAUCGAUAGAAUCGAUUGGGAAGAUAGAGGCCAAUGUAAAAGUGUACUUCCAAAAGUACCUUUUCCAGAGGAAAAUUUUCCACCCGUUAAUCGUAAUCAAGUCGAUUAUUUGAAUGCAACUGUUGGCCAACUUCUUGUUUUUACAGUGCCUGAUGAUACAUUUUAUGAUCCAGAAGAUGGGGGAACUAGGCAGCUUAAACUUUCUUUAGUAACCAUCGAUAGAAAUCCAAUUCCACCCAGCCAUUGGUUACAGUUUGAUGUUAAAAAUCAAGAAUUUUAUGGUAUCCCUAUGCCUGUUAAUGUUGGGCAAAUUGAAUACCAAUUGAUAUGUGAAGAUAAAGAAGGUCUCACGACUAACGAUGGAUUGGUUGUUAACGUUCAUCCUGCGCCAAGGAUCUUGUACAACGUUGAGUUCAGUAUGAAACUCUCACUUGAUUAUAGCAUCUUUAUGGAAAAUCCAACGCUCCAAAGAAUAUUCGUGCAAAAAUUAGCAGCCAUAUUCAAAGAUCAUAAUACAAAUGCAAUUGUUUUGAGUGGGUUUACGCCUGGUUCGACUGUAAUUACUUGGCAUAACAAGAGUCUUCCUACCAAUCUCUGCCCAGAUAAUGAAAUCGUUCAGUUGAGAAAGAUUUUGCUUGGAGAUGAUGAAAAAGUGACACCACAUGUUAUACAGCUCAUGUUGCCAGAGUUUCAAGUUCUGGGUGCAAGACUGACUCCCACAGGCCUUUGUCAGGGAGCUUUAACUGAAAUAUCUCCAAAUGGAGGAGAAACGGCUACCAGUGAUGUGACGGCAGUUUCUCAAGGAGAACAGUACAUAAUCGGAUUAUUGAUACCCGCAAUCGUAAUCGCCGUAAUGCUCUUAUGCGCCGGUUUAGUAGCAUGCAUUUUAUACCGAAGGAGGCGAACAGGAAAAAUGUCUGUAGGAGAUGAAGAUGAAAGGCAAACGUUUCGUAGCAAGGGGAUUCCAGUCAUAUUUCAGGACGAGUUGGAUGAAAGACCAGAGCCUACGAAUAAAAGCCCGGUUAUAAUGAAAGAAGAAAAACCACCACUUCCUCCGCCCGAAUAUCAACGAGGCUCACCUUUAGUCACGACUGCAUUGCUAUCAGACACGGAAGACUCCCCGUACCAGCCUCCUCCUCCGUUUACAACAAGCAGGGAUUCUGCACGUCCAAAACCGACGCCAACCUAUAGAAUGCCUCCUCCUUAUGUCCCUCCUUAAUGUGUUCAUUUGUAAAUAUUUUUUUUUUUCUGUUUUCAACGAACCAACUUUUCUUGGUUACUAUUUGUAAUGAAAACGCCUAACUGGUGCACUAAAACUAUUUCAUGUGAUACUGAUGUAAUAACUGAGUUCACAGUAAUAUUUCAAUGUACGUUUAACCAUUUGUGAUUUUUCAAUGUUAUUUACAAUUUAGUAUCAAUAUAUUUUCUUAUUGUGUUCUCUACUAGCAAU